CACAAUGCAUAUCUGAGUAAUUAUUUGACAGCUAUUAUGUUUUAAAAAGUCUUGAAGUCAUAUAAUGUUCAUAACGUCAUUAUUGGAGAACUAGAGUCAACAAACUAAGAUUGUAAAACUGGUAACUGAAUUAGCGUAGAUCUCUUUCCAUUUUACAAAAUUGACAUUUUAAGAUUUUUAAUUAGCGUAGAUCUCUUUCCAUUUCACAAAAUUAUCAAUUAUAUUUUCAAUACAAAUUUAUAAACAAUAUUUUUAAUUUAAACUUCAUUAAUUUAAUGUAUUAAUUAGAAAAAUGUUGAAACUUAUGCAGAAGUCUUAGGCGAGUGAAAAAGAUACCUGAGAUGGUGCCAUGGUGGUAGAAUAUGCAUGUUGUUUUUGUUCGUUCUCUCUCAACGAAGUUCUUAACUGUAUAUAGCCACUUAUAUACCUCUAAAUCAAUUGUUUAUGUUCUGCUUUCAUUGGCUUGUGACCUUGUGUAGAGAGGCUUCACUGGUUGAAACACAUUCACACCGUCUCAAGCGGGUGAGAACUAGAUCAUUGAUAUGGGUCGAAUCUGCACAUGCUCUCCUUGUUUGAUAUGAUAAUAUGUAGCGGAUCCCUUUAAUAUAUAUUUGCAGGUUCCUUCAAAAGAGUGAGCAAUACAAGCUUUGUUCAUCAAAGGAGAGAAUUCAUUUUACAUAUAUAGCUUGUCUUGUGAUGUCUAUAACUAUGAAGUAUUAACUGAUGAUUAUGGCUUGGAAGUUUCAAACCUUUUAAUGUUAAAUAAUACUACAAUGGUAUUUAAUUUGGGUUAAAAGUUUUAGAACUCCCAAGCAGCUUAAACAUGUACAGCUUCAUUCUUAUUUCCAUUACAGGACAAACAAUGUAGGAGUGAUUCUUGCUUACUUUGACUCAACUCAAGUGCUUCUUAGACUUAGCGUAGUACUAUGUGCUUAUGGAUGGAUCUAUAUUAUGUUGUUGAUUCUAAGUUUCCAUUGAAAUUAUUUUGCCUGAUUAGUUGUGAUGGUAUUUCAGGUUUGGCCUGAUCUUUGAAGCAUUUCAUUAAAUAGCAAAUACUGCAAUGAGGUUUUGUAGGAAUCAUCAUCUCUUCCAUCAUAUUUCUAGAAUAUUGAUUACUUAACCUAACCCUUUUUAUAGUUACCACUUUGGUAUUCAAAUUGCAUUCAACUUCAUUAUCAUAUGUACAUAUCUCAUCCCCGAAAUGUCAUGCAUGUUUCUAAAUAAAAAUCAACAUAAAACUUCACACACUUAUAUUUUUCCACCACUGAAUAAAUUUUAAAAUUUUGAAAACCAUACAGAUAAAUUCUAAAACAGUUGAGAUAGUAAAAUUUUAAAUUUGUAAUUAUUUUUUAAAUGAAAUCGGGUUAUAAUUAAUUAAUCUGUUGACAAAUUAAUCUAAAAGUAAAAGGCCCAUUAUGGCAGAAGAAAAUGCGGUGAAAGAAGCCCAUAAACAUAAAAGGGAAAGCCCAUUAUAGACAGAAGAAGACGCGUCUUCUUUGUUUAGUUCUUCUCCGAUCAGCGUGCGUGCGUGCGUGCGUUGUCUUUGGUAAAAAAAAACAGAGCAGAGAAGAAGAGAAGCGAAGAGAGUCAAUCAAAGCAAUCAAUCUGAUCGGCGAUGGGUUGUUUCAGUUGCAUCAGCGGAACGCAAAAGAAACAGCGUAAAGAAGAAGAGAGACAAGCCUCCGCCGAAGCUCGUGCCAGAGCCGCCGAAGCUGCCAUGCGACGAGAAGAAGAUUUUAAAAAGUCUGCACAUGGAAGAGCUGCACAAGCUCAGUUACAGCAAAUGGCUAAACAAUCUGCUAAUACUAAUAAAGGAGAGCCUGUUCUUAAGUGGCAAAUGACGUAGUGAUUGAACCAGCUAUGUAUGACUUGUGUGCUUCUUUAAGGUUUGCUAUAAUUUCAAAUGUGAAUGACAGUCCUAUUUAUCUUUUGAAUUUACAAAGAAAAACAAAAGAAAAAAACAGAGCAACAAGUUUGUAUAUGUAUAGUAGUAAUAAAUGUUAGAGAACAACUCUCUGCCUAAUUGUGAGCUUUGGAACUUACAAUAAACUGUGCAUUCUUCAUUUAAAGAUUUAGUUCAUAGGCUUGAGCCUCAGAUUGAUUUGUGCAUUUGUGUUAAUCUCUAAGACGUUUUUGAGUUCAUGAAUGAAUAAUCC